CGCGAGUUUUUGUCUUAAUUUAUCUUUAACCAUUAAUUAAUUUUUAUUAAUGAACAAAAUGAACAAGGAGCAGUGGGCCGAACGAUUUGCUGUCUGUGAAGCUACUUUCAAGUCAAAAGAAGCCUCUAGCAGCCAAAAGCAGAAUGCAUGGCGCCGCCAAACUCUGAUGCUUUGCCAGCAAACCAGUCUCCUUAGCGACUGCAUCCAUUUUGCAGUGCUCAAAGAGCAUCAAAACAAACUGCAGAAGGACAAAAGCACGGAGAAUACAAUGGCAGAGCGCUUGAGUCGAUGCCAGCGAACAAUAAGGACGAGCCGCAGGAUUAAUACACACAAUAUAUGUUCGGAUAACAUGUUCCCUAUGCCCCAGCAAAACGACUUCGAGCCAUCCUGCAAGAGCACCUAUGAGAGCUGUCAAAGGGUCGAGAUGACUUCAAGAGACUUGCUGGCACAUUCCUUGCUAAACGACAAGAACCUAGCCAAAAAUCCGGCUAAACCCAACCCAAUCUCAACGCCAGUAUCUAAUUUGAAUUUCCCGGAAUCGUGCUCUAAAUCGGAUAAUGAGAACAAUCAUCAACAGAGUCUACAAGAGAACUCAUCACAAAACGGAUUCGGUUUUCGCACAGCCCGGGAGCAACUAAUUCUGGACGAUCUAAAGAAAAACAAUCAGCAGACAGCGAGGGAAUCUCCAUCCGACAUGAUGAACUUCAGGAAGAAAAAACUCGGAGGAAAACGCACAGUUAGUUCGAAUUUCGUAUCGCCCUUGCGGCAAAGUGAGAACUCCAGCAGCUCGAGUUGCCUCAACGUGCCACCCGCCCUGGCCCAACUGGAUCCCAAGAUGGUGGAGCAAAUUCUCGGCGAGAGUAUGCAUGAUUUCAAACCUGUCGCCUGGGAAGAUAUUGCCGGUCUGGAAUCUGCCAAGUCAACUUUCCUGGAAGCCAUUAUAAUGCCACUGCGUCGCCCGGACUUGUUCACCGGAGUACGAUGUCCACCACGAGGCGUUUUGCUAUUCGGACCACCUGGCACCGGCAAGACACUCAUUGCCAAGAGCAUCGCAUCGCAGGCCAAGGCGAAGUUCUUCAGCAUCAAUCCCUCCAGCCUCACCUCCAAGUGGGUCGGCGAGGCGGAGAAGCUGGUGAAGACAUUGUUUGCCGUGGCCGCAGCCCAUCAGCCAGCUAUAAUCUUCAUAGACGAGGUGGACUCCCUGUUGUCUAAGCGUUCGGGGAACGAGAAUGAGAGUACUCUGCGGCUGAAAAACGAGUUUCUCAUACAUUUGGAUGGUGCUGCUAGUAAUGAGGAAACUCGACUUCUGGUAAUCGGAGCCACCAACCGGCCGCAAGAACUGGACGAGGCGGUUCGAAGGAGAUUUGUACGCCGCCUUUACGUACCGCUCCCAACAAAGGAAGCACGGCAAAAAAUCAUUGAGAAGAUCAUUCGACAGGUAAAACACAAUCUCGAUGAUUUUGAAAUACACCAGCUUUCGGAGUUUACGGACGGCUACUCAGGGGCUGAUGUGGAUUCCCUGUGCCGCUAUGCAUCAAUGGCUCCCCUUCGAGCGCUGACACCCAAUCAAAUGGAAACAAUCGAAUCGCAUCAGCUACCAGCCGUUACUAUGGACGAUUUUAAGCAGGCUUUGAGGGUCAUAUCCAAAAGUGUUUCUGCGGAGGAUUGCCAACAAUUUGAGGCCUGGAACGACGUAUAUGGCGUUCGACAUUAAGAAACUUG